AUGCAGCUGUCCUUCCGGCCAGACCGCUUGUUGGCUAGCCUCGCUCUCAGUUGGUAUGAAUAUGCCGAAGCAGUGGUGCCAUGCCAACGUCGACCAGUGAGAGCCGAGGGUCUCGGAGCUGGCGAUGGUCAGCUGUUGGCGGCGUUCAACAGCCUCCUGGCGAGUCGACACCUCGACAACAGUGGACUCAAGGCACCGGGCGUCGAGGUGUACCCGGGCGAGGUGGGGCAGCCGAAGAAACGGGAGGAGCAGAGGUUUUUCAAGUCGACAAUCCGCGGCUUCAGAACACCU